AUGUAUAAUAGUAUGCUGGAUAUCUUAGGUAUUAUCCUAUCUCUGGUGAUACAGCUGUCAGUGUUUUGCUCAGCGCAACAGCUUGUGGUAACUACUGGGGACAAUGUUACCAUUCCAUGCACAUCUGUAGUGGCGUAUCCUGUAUGGGUCGGUCCAGAAAUGCACAAUGGUAACGUAAUGAAUUACAACAAUCCUGGUAACAAAACCUUUGCCAAUCCUUACCUUCCUGUACAGAAAAAAGUGCGACUAGAGUGGGGAAGUGAUGACAAAAGCCUUGUCAUUAAGAAUGUGACGAUGACCGAUGAAGGGUUGUACCAGUGUUCCGAUCGGACAAAUCUUUUUGUUAGAGUGCCACCACGUACACCAAUCAUUUCAAAUGCAGAGCAAUCGACAGAGAAUAGUUUGAUUAUCAGAGCUACCGAGUCUCAAGUUACAAGUCUUAUUUGUGUGUCAAGUGGCGGUUAUCCAGAACCACUGGUGGAAUGGUACAGGGGAAACACCGGAACAAAACCACUAAUUUCUACUUCUACAGUCACUGCUGGAACCCGUUCCUACAAUGUUAGUGAGAAGUACACGUUUACACCAGAGAGACAAGAUGAUGGUACCAGGUAUAUCUGCCAAUCUUCUUUCAAGACAGAUCCAAGGCAUAUAUCUGCCGUUAGCGUCGAGCUUGUACUUAAUUUAAAACCGAAUUUGCCUACAGCUUGGCAAACAUCAGCUGUAUCAGCGGGGAAUAUUGCCGAGGUCAAAUGUAGUAUAAAUGGAAGUAGGCCAGCUGCAAACAUGUCCUGGUCUUACCAGGAAGAAAUACCCGCUGGUGAAGUUACAUCAACCCUUGAUACUUCAUCAGAGACAUAUACAGUCAUCUCCUUAUUCAAAAGGCGAGUCUCAGCCGAAGAUAAUGGACAGACUGUUCAGUGUGUAGUUACUCAUAUAGCAUUGAUUGAACCACCACAGUUAACAGCGUCAGUAGCUCUGAAUGUUCAUUACCCACCAGUUGUCACGGUAACAGCAACGAAUACCACAGUCAAAGCAAAGCAUGCUGUGUUAAUAUGUAAUGCUACAGGGUCACCAAACACAAACUAUAAAUAUGGUAAAUGGGUGCACACGUGGCCAGGAAUAAAUACGGUUUUAUCAGAGAAACCCGGUAGUGAGAGGCUAGUGUUGACAAAUCUGACAUACGAACAUUCCGGUGUGUAUACAUGUUCUGCAAGCAAUAGAAUCAAAGUGUUUGGAACUACCAAAGAAUUUAUAGAGGGGUCUGUUAAACUUUUGGUUAAAUCAUUUCCAGUCAUCACAAAUCCAACAGUCAACUCUGUAAAUGCAUCUGCAGCAGUAAAUGGAUGGAACAGCCAAAGUGACGGUUGACUACUUCUCCAACGUGGAUGAGUCUGAUGUAAAAUGCUUCAAAGUUCUAAAUGACAAAAUGCAGGGUGAAAACAUUUGUAGUUUUGUUUGGAAAAAAGUGAUUGUGCAUUUGCCAGUUCUUGGGCAUAUCAUCAAAACGGAUGGUAUA